GUUAUUACGUGAAAUGGUAUAAAAACUGAGAUUUUAUAUGUAGCAUGUAUAUUAAAAAAAAAGAUAGUAAUUUAACAAUAAUUUCUUGUUGAACCAAAAUUUACAACAAUGAAAUUCUUUCUGGUAUUCCUUUUAGUUGCUGUAAUGGCUCAUAGUUCAUUGCAAAAAGCUGCAUUAUUCCCGACGUGUGAUGGGGAAAAUGAGGUACAAGGAUGUGAACCAUGUUGCCCUGAGCUAGAAGUAAGCUGUCAAAAGAAAGUGCCAGGUACAUGCCCAAGCCCAAUUUGUUUAGCCAUUUGCAAACUGAAAUGCGUUUGUGCUCAAGGAUAUCUCCGGGACCAGGUAUCUGGAAAAUGUGUGAAGGAUUGUUAAACCUUAUUUGGAAGAUCACUUUUAAAUGGAAAUAAAGAUUUGUCUUGUAUUAAUAAUUUAGUCAUUAAAUUCUUGGUGCCAUGAAAUAA